AUUCAGCACUGGGAAGGAGACAGCUCCCUCCCCCCAAAAACCCAGCGCGCCUCACGUUGCAUGGGUCCCCGGUUAUUGAUAACACAAUUUACCCGCUGGGAUCCAUCCCAGGAACGUGAAACUCGUGGAUACAGACGCUGGAAAUACGAGAGGCGCCCCGGAGCGAGGAAAAACAACGAUUUGUUCAUUAUCGCCGACAAAUCGAGAGCCGAGCCCACCCCUUCACUUGACAACGCGGCAUCAACCAGGCAGAAAGGCUUUUUUCUCGACUGUCCAUCCUCCGUCCACCCUAACCUGCUGUGUUGGGGAAACCCCUGAUGAGUGGGACCUGUAUCCAUGAGCCCCGUGCCCCUUCCCCCUCCCUGUCAGGCUUCAGUACCCCCAUCUCGGAACCCCCCUAUCGAAGACUCGAUGGAGACACCCCUGCCUGCACCCCUGAAACGGACCUGACCCCUACACAGUGUGUCCUCCGUAACGUACUGUCCAUUGACACCGGUGGACAGGUGGCGCCGAGCGGCAGCAGCCCCACUCCCAGUGAUGGACCCUCGGCCCACUUUGACAACAGCGUGCUAAAACUACAUGAACAUGAGGCCUGCCAGUGUGGCGGCGGGGCCGAGGCGGGGCACAGUCCAGAGGCUGGCGCUGUUCGGAGCCAGUCAGAGAACAUUCGGCUACAAUCAGGAAGUGGAGGUUUUUUGGAGGGAUUGUUUGGAUGCCUAAAACCAGUCUGGACCAUGAUUGGAAAGGCCUACUCCACUGAACACAAACAUAGCCAAGAAGAGUCCUGGGAAGUUCCUUUUGAGGAGAUCUCUGACCUGCAGUGGGUGGGCAGCGGGGCACAGGGGGCCGUUUUCCUCGGCAAGUUCCACGGAGAAGACGUGGCAGUAAAGAAAGUGCGGGACAUCAAAGAGACAGAGAUCAAACACCUCCGAAAACUCAAGCACCCCAAUAUCAUCACUUUCAAGGGUGUGUGCACACAGGCUCCUUGUUACUGUAUCUUAAUGGAAUAUUGUGCUCAAGGCCAGCUGUAUGAGGUACUGAGGGCAGGCCGUAAAAUUACCCCAUCCCUCCUGGUUGACUGGUCCAUGGGCAUCGCAGGCGGCAUGAACUACCUGCACCUCCACAAAAUCAUCCACCGAGACCUCAAGUCCCCCAACAUGCUGAUCACACACGAUGACCUGGUGAAGAUCUCUGACUUCGGCACCUCAAAGGAGCUCAGUGACAAGAGCACCAAGAUGUCCUUUGCCGGCACUGUGGCCUGGAUGGCUCCUGAAGUAAUUCGGAAUGAACCGGUUUCAGAAAAGGUGGACAUCUGGUCCUUUGGAGUGGUGCUGUGGGAGAUGCUAACUGGGGAGAUCCCUUAUAAAGAUGUAGACUCAUCUGCCAUCAUCUGGGGAGUGGGAAACAACAGCCUUCAGCUGCCCAUACCUGAGAGCUGCCCAGAUGGUUUCAAGAUCCUCCUCAGACAGUGCUGGAACUGUAAGCCCAGAAAUAGGCCUUCUUUCCGCCAGAUCCUUCUUCAUCUGGAUAUAGCAUCAGCUGAUGUACUGUCCACUCCACAAGAAACAUACUUCAAGUCUCAGGCUGAAUGGCGAGAAGAGGUGAAGCAGCACUUUGAGAAGAUUAAAUCGGAGGGCACUUGUCUCCACCGACUCGAUGAGGAACUGAUCAACCGACGCAGAGAGGAGCUCAGGCAUGCUUUGGACAUUCGUGAGCACUACGAGAGGAAACUGGAGAGGGCUAACAACCUUUACAUGGAGCUCAGCGCUGUCAUGCUGCAGCUGGAGCUCAAAGAGAAAGAGCUGCAGAGGAGAGAACAGUCUUUGGAUAAGAAGUAUCCAGGGUUGUUCAAGCACCAUAGCUCCAGACAGGGCAGCUCCUCCAACUCCAUGGACAAACUCAUCAAGAAGAGAAAUGUCCCACAGAAACUGCCCUCGGGAAAGAGGUGUGAGAUCUCAUUUCAACCAGACAUCCUGAAAUCUGAGGUAAUCAUUCCCAAAAUGGAUUCCUCCGUCAUGCAAGUCACUAUCCCAGCCUGCCCCAACAGAAGCUCCACUUCCCCCAGCCGGUCUCGGAGGGUAAAGACCCGCCAUCGCAAGCCUGGAAAGGGCAGCAGCGGAGACCUGGCUGGACUCAAGGCGACUCAGUCCUCCCCCAACAGGGACACAACUGCCCAAGCUAACAGCUCUACCACUAACGCCUCCAAGCAGCUCCUGGAGCCCUCUGCAGCCCUGCGGGGCCUCAGCCACGAGCAGCAGCAGAGGCAGCUAUCCUCCUCCAGCCCCGACCUCAUCUGCACCACACUGGAGGCAGAAGGCCAGGGAAAAGGGGAGCCCUCUGUAGGUGGGCUGGAGAGAGGGGGGAGUCUCAGUGCCUCUGCUGGCUUAGGGGGGUCAGAGGGAGGGGCAGCCGGUCUGGAUGACCUCACAGAAACUCCUCCACGCAGCGACACUCCCAGCGAGGACGCAGCUUCGUUCCCGUUCUCCAGCAGCCCAGACUCACCGUGUGGGAGGGGGGCGGCAGCAGGACGAGGAUCUCUGGGAUCUCCACGCCUUCCUCACGACGGGGAGGACAAAGAGGAGGGAGCCGGUGCUGUGAGAUUGCCACGGGGGGCAUCAGGGGGAAUUGGGAGUCAGCACCUCACACCUUCAGCCAUUCUGUACAGAGCAGCUAUCACACGCAAACAGAGGCGUGGAGUGUCAUCAGAAGAGGAGGAGGGUGAAGUUGACAGUGAGGUUGAGUUACCACGGAGACGACGUCCAACUAGUAUUACCAAGUGCCAGUCUGUGUCUACCUUCAGCUCAGAGAACCUGUCGGUAUCAGACGGUGAGGAGGGCCACACCACUGACCACUCUCACAGUGGUACUCCUGAUGUGGUCAGCACCAACACUGACGACAGGCUGGACGACCGCAGCGACGACCUCCUCUCUCAGGGGUCGGAGAUCCCAGCGGACAACACCGAUCCAGCACAGGCUUCUGAUGGCCUGUCGGAGAGAGACGGGGCUCUGGGGCAGGGCAAAGCUCAGCUGGACGCCGGACAGAAUCCAAAUGAGAGCCGGGCUUUGUGUGAUGAUUCUGACUGCGACAGUGCUGAGUUGGACCAGUCAGGCAGCGGAGAGCCCAGCCGUCCUCCCAGCGCUGGAGCGUGGGUGCCGCUGUCUCAGCCCUACCAGGGGUACCCACCAACGCCCCAUACAGGACCUCCAUAGGACACUAGCAAAGACCUCCAGCUACCCUACAGUGAACAACCAUCACAGGCGUACACCAAUCUGUCAGUGCAGUACAUUACUGUUGUCAUGAGGGAUCACACCUACUACACCACUCAGACUAUGACAAGUUAACUUAUGGUGUCUCAUAAGUUUGUUGGCUGGCAAACCUCCAUCAGAUGACAUAGGACAUUUGUCAUAACCUGACAUCAGAUAUUUUGGCAGCUUGUGACAUCAGAUAAAUGUCAUUUAGGUUAAGUAGGGUUUGUUUAGGCAAAACAGUUACCAAGGUAACCAUAACCACUGCUCCAGUUCAGCAAAAACCCUUCCACAGACGCACACGCACGCACAAGAAGAUACGACACUCUUAGUCCUUUAAACACUCUAACCCUCACUCUGGGAGCAUCCUCCAUGAUACUCCACACACUAAUGCAUCAAAUACUAAUGAUUAAUAAUGUAAAUAUCCAUUACAUACCACAUGAGAAAUAUCUAACUUUAUUUUAUUUGUAAGAUAAAAUGUAAGACUAAACGGUAUGCAGCCCUGUGAACAAAUGCAUGACUACAUGUUAAUAAUUUAUGGUUUGAAUGUGUCCGUUUUAUAUUUUGUGAAAGUUUACACUUUUUUAAUCCUGGAAAUAUUAAUUCAGUUAUUUUGUUUUUUGUUAAUAAAUGUCAGCACUCAAGAAAAAAAAAUCUAAAUGGAAUGAAAAACUCACCAAGACAUUGAUCAUGAUGCAUAAUUAGGAUUCUCAGUAGAUGUUAUUUUUUUUAACCCUCCUACUACUGAGUUUUAAAUACACAUAUGACACGCUUGAGGUUUUUAUUGAGUUUAUCAAAUUUUAGUAAGGAGACCUUUGGGUUCACUCAAAAUGCACCUCCACUAUUGUAAGUACACAUUGUUGACCAUUUUAGUUGGUACACCAAGCUAAGUAAAAAUCACAGGAUUCCUGUGACACAUUCUAAGGUCAUGUAGUUUCUAGUGGUGAAUUUUUUUUGAAAGUAAUUCAGAGGCAUUGAUUGAAUUCUAUUGAAAUUUUAUAGGAUGUUAUGUGGUGCUGUAAACUGUACUUCGGUAUUAUACGGACAGAUGUUUCUUUUAUUUAGCAAAAGGUCAAAAUAAUAGUAACAUCUGUUGUGACCAUCAACACAAACAACAUCCUAUAAAAUUACCACAUGGUUCAAUCUCCAUUUCUCUACAAAAGUUUCAACAUGAAUUUAACACUAAAACUUUCAUGAAGGAAGCAUUUAAUGCACUGCAGUAUUAGUUUUAGCUAAGUGUACCGUUGUACUAGGUCCUGAAAUUGUUGGCUUUUGAAAAGUUGCAUUCAUGGAAAUGACUAGGACUGAACAUUUAAUGAAAUUGCAAUUUGAAACAACUCACAAUUUAUAAAUAUAUGUUACGUAACACAUCUAACCCUGUCAAUGGGUUUACAAAUUUAUUCCACCUUCCUUGUGUGACAGUAAUGCUUUUGAUUGUGUCAUGUGGUAAUGCUCCAUUAAAUCUAUUUCAUAGUGAAUAAUGAGCUAAAACUUCACUUUUACAAAUUAUGUUGCAAACCAAAUUGCAAUAUAUGUCUAAAAAAAAUGGCAAUUAGAUAUUUUUCCAAAUUGUUCAGCCUAGGAAUGACCUUUGACAUGCACUAGCUUCGCUAACCAAGAUAACAGUCCUAUGCUAAUUUAGCAUUGUACUGUUGCACUCAUGAUGGAGAAUUAGAAUAGCAUUAAAAUAGAUACAUGAGAAGUAGGGAUAGCUCAUGUUUAUUUCUAUAGGCUGUACAUUCAAUGCAUUUUCAUCAGUUAUCAAAGCCUGGCGCCUACAUUACCCAUAACACAACGCAUUUACGUCAGCUAAUAGGUUGCUUUACGUUAGCUAGAGCCGUUAUUAACGGCAGUAGCCUAUGGUGCUAGCUGUGUGCUUUUCGCGGCUAAUGUCACCUGGAGUUCCUGGCCUCCCACCUAAAUAAUGAGCGUGAGUUUUUCCUUUACAUAUCUCUUUUCAAGAACAUAACGUCCACGCGGGUUACACUGGUAAACUUGUUGUUUUUCCUAACUUUAAAUCUCCGUUUUUUUUUUCCACUUUCAAAAUGUUCAGAAGUAACCGACACAGAUAAAACCAUUCAUUCAUUCAUUCAUUCAUACACUGACUCGAGCUGCGUCACUCGAGGCACAGUCUGUUACGUUAGUAUGCUGCUGCGUUCUGGUUUUGUUGUUUGACUCGUAAUUACGAUAAGCCAAAUGUGAAUUCUGACUUGUAAUUCAUACAGACAUGUUUAAUGUAACAUAAAAGUGACUAAUAUAGACUAUUUGUUGUAACUAUCUGCUUAGCACAGAGCUAACCGUUUAGGAAAAUGCAGAAACAGUCACGUCAGUUUUUCCUGUUCUGCCCACUAUGGUUUGAAUGCAGCAAAAGCCACGAAGGAGUCCACUCCAAGAAGAGUAAACAAAAACAUUAAUAGGUAAAAUUAGUGGCGUUCUCCGUUUUAGCAAUGAACCAAAAGGCCUCCUGUAGUUGGUGACAUUGGCAGGCUUAAUAAAAACCUCACCUGUUCCUUUUACCCUUUAAGAUUACUGCAGAAGUAGCCAGAUAAGAAUAGAGCACUUCUCUGUGGUGAUUACUAGAACAGUAAGUAUCCUUUGGGUUUGAAUAGAAAUGUUUUGUUUUUAUACAGCAUUGCACAUUGUACCUGUAACAUAGGAAUUAUAUCAAAAGCAAAAAUAUUAUGACCAACAAUAAAUAAUGUAUUGGUUAAAAAAAAAAA